AUGAGGAUGGCAUUUCCUGAAGGACUCGCAAGUCCGGAAAUGGAAAUAGCGGAGGGUGGUGUUAUAUUAGAUAAUAGAACUCGGUUUGCUGAUCUGAAAAGUAUGUUGGACAGCAGCAAAGAUAAUUUGAAAGUCGAUGCAAUGAAACGGAUUAUCAAUCUAAUUGCAAAAGGAAAAGAUGUAAGUGAGCUUUUCCCUGCCGUAGUGAAGAACGUUGCUGCUAAAAACGUUGAGCUGAAAAAACUUGUAUACGUCUAUUUGGUGCGCUAUGCUGAAGAACAGCAGGAUCUCGCUUUGCUGUCCAUAAGCACAUUUCAGAGGGCCUUGAAGGACCCAAACCAGCUGAUAAGAGCUAGCGCCCUCCGUGUCUUAUCCUCUAUCCGUGUUGGUAUGAUUGCUCCUAUCAUGCUUCUUGCUAUCAAGGAUUCAGUAAGGGAUAUGAGUCCGUAUGUCAGAAAGGUUGCAGCUCACGCAAUUCCCAAGCUUUAUUCGUUGGAUCCAGAUCUAGAAGCAGAGUUAGUGGAUUGCAUCGACUUUCUCCUUGCGGAUCGACGUAGUUUGGUCCUUGGCAGUGCUGUGUACGCUUUCGAAGAGAUCUGUCCAAGUCGAUUAGAUCUACUUCACAAGCAUUUCCGUGCACUAUGCCGUGCUCUAGCGGAUGUGGAUGAGUGGGGACAGGUAGUAAUGAUCAAUCUUCUAACGCGUUAUGCGCGCUCGGAAUUGGCGGAUCCUGAACUUCUUCCACAACCUGAUGUAGAUCUCACUCUCCUACUCAACUCUGCUCGACCUCUUCUUCAGUCCCGAAAUUGCAGCGUUGUGAUGGCUGUCACACAACUUUUCUACUACACAGCUCCGAAAGCGCAGCUUUCGCAGGUAGCCCGCGCGCUAGUUCGUCUCCUUCGAGGACCUCGUGAAGUCCAGUACAUAGUACUUCUGAACAUUGCAACGAUCUGUGAACGUAAUCCGGUACUUCCUGGCACCUAUGCAAUAUCAAAAAAUAUGUUCGACCCAUUCCUGAAGUCUUUCUUUGUCCGCUCUUCUGAUCCAUCGUUCGUCAAGGAGUUGAAACUUCAUAUUCUCACGAGCCUAGUAUCAGAAGCAAAUGUGCACAUAAUACUUAGGGAGUUGCAGACCUACGUUGGUAUGAGUGAUUUGGCCGGAGCUGCUAUUGAAGCGAUUGGCAGAUGUGCCGUUCGUGUGAAAGCUGUAAGUGAACAGUGCCUGGCGGGUCUUGUUCAGCUAAUUGCCUCACCAAACGAAAAUGUUGUUUGUUCGGCUGUGAUCGUAUUAAAGAGACUUCUGCAUGCUGAAGCUCCUACUUCCUUACUUUCACGGCUCGCACGACUGAUCCGUUCGAUUCAAGCCCCGCCGGCAAGAGCUUGUAUUGUUUGGCUUGUCGCUACCCAUGUUGAAAAAGUCCCGAAUAUCGCACCUGAUCUCUUACGAAUUCUUGCAAAAAAUUUUGUCAAUGAAGAUGAGAUAGUGAAGGUAGAAACGUUGAAAUUAGCUGUGAAGUUGUGGAUGGUUCAACGCCAGGACAGCGAAAAACUCGUUCAUUAUGUGUUUCAGUUGGCCAGAUUUGACCUCAGCUACGACGUUAGGGAUAGGUGUAGAUUCCUGAGAAACCUGCUCUUCAACACUGCAGUUCUCUCUCAACAUGCUGAGGAAAUUUUUAUGGCUAAGAAGCCGGCACCAGCUCUUCAAAGCAGUUUCAAAGAACGAGAGCAAUUCCAGUUAGGGACGUUGUCUCACGUCCUGAACCAGCGGUGUGUGCGUUAUCAUGAUUUGCCCAAUUUCCCACAGGUUUCCUCUGAUCCCUCUUUACGCCGAGAGGCAAACUCUCCUGAAGAGUUCAAAUACGGCGAUGAUGAUGAAGCUGAUGAAGAUGAGGAAGAGUACGAAGAGGAAGAGUGCGAAGAAGAAGAUGAGGAUGAAGGCAGCGUAGAAGCUGAAGAUGAAGAAACUGCCGAAGAUGAAAGCUCUGUGGAAGAGAGUGAUGAGGAGGAAGGUGAAGAAUCGGAGGGAGACCACUCAAGGGACGAACCAUCUACACCAGGAUUCCCUAAUGAAGGCAAGCGCAAGCUCAUUGAUUCAGCUCCUACCAACGGCCACACCGUGCGAGAUCAAGGAAAAGUCUUAAAGAAGUCUGAGCGCGCAAUAGAUCUGUUAUUGGAUCUUGAUUUUUCUGCUGCUGGAUGUCGUCAAAUAGUUGAAGCAGAGUCUACUUCGACCACUCCGCGCCCCAUUCUUAACAGCAUCGAGGGCGACGGUAUUGAACUAUCUGUGUUGUUCCCUCGCACUAAUGAUGUCCAGUACACGCCACUGCGUUUUAUCUUAAGGAACACAACUGAUUCAGCCAUUGAGGGAGUCAAAUUCUGUCCACCAAAAAGCUUUGAUGUGAAAGGAGAGAUGGAGAUAUCUUCACUUCCUGCUGGUAAAUUUUGCUCGCUGGACGUAUAUGUUGAUUUAAAUGAUAGUUUGCGCCGCGUCGAAUGGAAUUUGUCCAGUGAGACCAAUGAGACAGGAAGGACGGUUCCUAUCGAGGUACCCGUGGGUGAACAGGUGCAACCGAUCCGGUUAGUGGAAGAGGAGGCGGAGAAAGAACGUCAUCGUAUGGGAGGUUUAAACAGACACUCUGCUCCAGUAAAUGUAACUGUUUCUGAUGACGCUAUUCUCUCUGUAAUAAACGCUCAUCAAAUGAAGAAUGGGUAUUUCACAUGCCAGACGAGGUCACGAAAGGACCUGGUCGUUAUUCGUCUCCUCGAUAAUACUGUCGAAGUCAGCAGUGAUAAUGCUGUUUUUGGGAAAAUGUUGGUGACCCUCGUACAAAGUAUUGGUCAAGGAUAG